UAAUUGACUUUUCUCUUUCUUUUUACCCGAACCUCGGAGCAUACUCCAUAGAAAAAGGGUACAGAAUAGAGGUGAUGAAUUGAAGUAACUCUAGGAAAAGAAAGUCAAACACCUGCUACUAACAACAAAAAUCUAAGGAAGAGUGGAAGGCCCUUUCUCCCUCGAUUCGCUCGAAUCGCUCCUGGCUGCCUCUGCCCCAUUGCCAUUAACGUUGAAUUGGAUUUUGCAUCUGCUAACUAACACUUUUUGACAAAGGAAAAAAAAAGUCAUAGUACUAACAUUUUUUGACUUUGACCUGGACUCCACGCGCAGCCGACCACCAUCGUAUUCGCACUAAAUCACUCCUUAUCUGCCACGCGUCUCAGGUCCCACCAUCAUAAAACAAGUACUAGUCUACUAACCAAAACCAGAUAAAAUACAACCAAAAAAAGAAAACAAAACGAAAACGAAAACGAAAACAAACAGCAGCAUCGGAGAAAACAACACAUAAUCUUUUCUAUUUUUUAUUUUUAGCUGUAUUAGUUAGUGAUGGUACUUAUAAAAGAAAAAAAAAUAGCAUUCCUCCUCGUUAUGUGGUGUUGUUUCCUGGAAAAUAAACGUUUCCUCCUCCACCUCCGCUCCUCCUCCUCCUCCUCGUCUGCUAUCUCUCUCUUUUCUCUCUGUUAAAUUCGACCCAACAUGCCAUUCUGUGAGGUCAGCUCGUUCCAGAACGGUUCAGAAGCUGCCCCUGGGGAUAAUGGAAUUAAGAUUUUCUACAGAACUUACGGGCGAGGUCCAACUAAAGUCCUCAUGAUCAUCGGAUUGGCGGGGACUCACACUUCAUGGGAACGGCAAAUCAGGACGCUCGCCGGUACCUUGACGCCCAAUGAUGAGGAAUCGCCGGCAUGCGAUCAAACCCCUAUCGCUAGUCACAAUGAGAGCCUUGGAGUGGAGGUUUGUGCCUUUGAUAAUCGUGGAAUGGGUCGCAGCUCCGUGCCCACCAAAAAGUCAGCUUACACAACGACUCUUAUGGCAAAAGAUGCGGUCGCUGUAAUGGAUUUUUUGGGUUGGGAAAAGGCCCAUGUAUUUGGACAUUCAAUGGGAGGUAUGAUUGCUUGCAAAAUGGCUGCUAUGGUCCCUGGCAGGGUAUUAUCACUGGCUUUACUAAAUGUGACGGGUGGAGGUUAUGAAUGCAUUCCAAAGCUAGAUCGUCAAACCUUGUCAAUUGCAAUCCGGUUUUUGAGGGCAAAAACUCCUCAGCAGAGGGCAGCUGUUGAUUUGGACACUCACUACUCAAAGGAAUAUCUUGAAGAGUAUGUUGGCACGCAAACCAGAAGAGCAAUUCUAUAUCAAACUUAUUUGAGGCCAUUUUGCAGGAAUAUGUUCUCUGGCAUGCAGACCAAUUAUGGAUUUGAAGGUCAAAUAAAUGCAUGCUGGACGCAUAAGCAUGCUGCAGAGUUUGAAGCAAUCCGUGCAGCUGGAUUCCUAGUAUCAGUUAUCCAUGGAAGACAUGAUGUCAUUGCUCAAUUAUGCCAUGCAAAGAGGAUUGCUGAGAAAUUGUAUCCUUCUGCCCGAAUGGUAGAACUUCAUGGGGGACAUCUUGUCAGUCAUGAGAGGACUGAAGAGGUCAAUAAAGCUCUUCUUGAAUUGCUCAAGGCAUCAGAAGAAAAAUUAAGCACGCAUGAUUGGACAAACUUGCCCCUGAAAAGCUCUGGGUGGAUAAAAUUUGGGAGAAUCAACUCUGAGGGAGGAACUAGUUUGAGUUUCAUGGUUGACCUUGUAGGAAAGCUUCAUGCCUUCUUCUUGUACCUUUUUGGCCUCCUCGUGUUGGUAGAGUACCUGAGAAGAUCUACAAGAAGUCUAAGACCGGCCAAAGUAGGACCUGCCCUGACAUAGCUAAGAGAGGUGAGAAGCUUGUUUACUGGGCAUUUGAUUAUUUAUGAGCUUCUGGUAACGCGGCUUUUCACUAAAACAAGCAAAACUCGCCUAACUUAUUUCUUGGUUAAUCUAAGAAGAUCACAAGGAGACAAAAAGUCGGCCUGGGUACCAACAAUGAUUGUUCGUGGAGUGCAGCAGGGAAGAGAAAAAUGAAACAGCCAAU